GAAGAGAGACUGACGGGACGACCCGCGAUAAGAUAAACAAACCAAAGGCGGUCGGGCGAAGAAAAAAUGCCCAAUUGGUUCUUUAAAAGCCGAACACUGUUGACUGACCACACAAACUCAAUUUGGUAUUGUUCCAUAAAGAGUAUUUCAUUAGUGAGUUACUGACUUAGUAUAAAAAUCGAAUAUAUAUAUUUGGAAUCUACAAGCGAGAUUGUUCACUACUAAACUACUGGGAAUAUAUACAAGGACUCUCUGCUCAGAUAUAUUGUACAAGAAAUAUUUGGAUUUAAUCAUCAAGCAAAGUGAAUCAAAGCUACAACAACGAGAAGGAGAAAGCAAGAAUCGAGUUAUUUAUUCUUGAUAGACUGAACUUUCAGCGCAAUCGUUCAAUACCGACAUUAUGAUGCUUUCAUCUCCUCCAUCAAAAUACCAGCCAUUCCAGCAAUCUUACGGAGUUAGUAUGCCGAACAUGGUUAACUCAAUGCCAUCAUCAUACGUCAAUUCAAUCAAUCCGAUGUCAAUCACUGGAAAUCAAGUUGCUGGAAUUCAUAAUCCGAUGAAUCAAGCAUUUGCCGGCGGUGCAUUGAACGGCAUGGGAUCUGCGGCGGGGGUCCAUGCACACUCGGCACACGCUUCACAAAUGGCGGUCGGUGUAGGCGGAAUGGGUUCGGCAUACCCGGGCAUGAAUCCGGCCGUAGGACUUGGUCCAAACUUACCAAUCGUUCCUAUGGGUUUCAACAGAAGACCAGAAAAGACAUACAGAAGAAAUUACACUCACGCCAAACCACCAUACAGCUACAUUUCUUUGAUUACAAUGGCGCUUCAAUCAUCAAAACAGAAAAUGAUGACACUGAGUGAAAUUUAUCAAUGGAUUAUGGAUUUAUUUCCUUUUUAUCGCCAGAACCAACAAAGAUGGCAAAACUCAAUUCGUCAUAGUUUGUCGUUCAAUGACUGCUUUGUCAAAGUUGCUCGCUCUCCAGACAAGCCAGGAAAAGGUUCAUAUUGGUCUCUUCACGAAGAAGCUCACAACAUGUUCGAAAAUGGCUGCUACCUUCGAAGACAGAAACGAUUCAAGUGCGGAAAGAAAUCGAACGUGAAAAGUGUCAACAAAAAUGGCCACGAACCUUCAAAUCUUCCUCAGCUCGAUUUGCAACAUAUAUCACCGGCAACUACUCCUCCACUUCAAGACUCAUCAAAUGAAAGUCCACACAGUCAACAUGAAUUUGAACGCGAUCAUAUCUCAAAGACGACAAAUCGUUCAGAUAGCCACGAAGAACAUAGCGGACCAGAAAACUCAAGCGGAGAACAAUCGCCUAGAAAUUUAGAUCAACAUCAACAACAAAUGCCUAGUUAUUCUCAUCUGGAAGUACCUUCGUCAUCAGCAAAUGAACAUGACAUUCACCACCAGCGAGCGGCACAGCAUCACGGUUUGCAGCGAAACGUGGUACAGCGUACGACAUCUCCUCGCGAGGCUACCUCAUACAGCAGUGCAAUGCCUUCUAGUUCACCAUCUGAAAUCAACACGCAUGAAAGUCUGGCACAAACCAAGAGCGAUCCGAUCUCGUAUUCACAUCACCAAUUCUAUUUGGGACAUUUUCCUACAACUGGAGCUCAACACAAUGGUCAUCAUUCUCAAUAUCACGCUCACAAUCCGUUUGCUCAUUCAUUCAGCCAUCCAUUCUCAAUCCGAGGUCUUAUGAACGCUGGUGAAGGUCAACAACAAGGCAAAGACAUGAGAGCUUACCAUGAAAUGAUGCAAUAUGCUCAACAAUAUUCAAAUUCGGCAUCGACACACAACGUACAAGAAGUUUCGCCACUCGAGCCGCUGCCACCUUCAACUACACCCGAUUCAAUUCAUGGAUCUAAUUCAUCAGCAACCUGUUCAUCAACCAAUGUAUCAAGAUUGUCAAGCUCUCCAUCGGAAAGCAGUCAAUUACAUCAUCAACACCCUUAUUACCAAAUGCAAUAUCAUAUGGAAUCGGGUACUGGUCUUCAACACGCAUCAGCAAUGGGUCACGCCGGAAUCGAAGAGGGAAUUAACGAGACUGCUUAUUAUCAAGGGUGCGUACCUCAGCAUGGCACUAACGCUGCAAUGGCAUAAGUUACAACUAAGAGCCAUCACUAACAACGCAUAAAAUUAUGCUCUCAGGAGUUAAUCUCCACAAAAAGUGCAAAACAGGCGCACAUGGCACAGGGCCAGGAAUGGCAGUCCGUUAGCGCCCAGGCGACAGAACUUCUUUGCAUGCUCUAAAUUGCUUGUUCAAUUUUUCCGAAUUGUUAACAUGACAUGCGCUACUCAUCAGCUAAUUCUCGUUUUUCUUUUUUUAACGAAUAAUGAUACAAUGUUGCUGAGUGUAAAAUUAAAUCAAUUUGAAAUUGAAUGCUAUAAUAUCCUUUCGGUGCAAUUUUUCCAACUUCAUUCAGAAAUUGCUGUUGCUAAUUAUUGCAAUCUUUCUAAUACUCAUCAUAUUAUGUUAAUUGUUGAAUAAUAAAAUUAAUAAUUGCUUGUACAAGAAUUCUUCCUUUCCUUUAUUUUUUCUCAAUUUUAUUGUUUAAUAUCAUUUACUAUUUUUCGAAUUAUUCUUUUUUCAAUUUAAUUUUUUCAAUAAAUAUUUCAGAAAAAUUAUAUCAAUUUUUGUGAUGAUUUAAUAACUCCAUAUUUUAAUUAACAGCCGAGUUGCAUACGCUUUGCAAGACUACUCGUAACAGGUAUAUCAAAUACCUGAGCAUGUGAGCCAAAUCAACUGACUGAUUUGUCUUUAUUCCAAUUGUUUUAACAAAAUACCUAUGCUAGACAUGUGUUUUGUAUGAAAAAUAGUUGAAUGUAUACAAAUAUACCUUUACCAGUAAAUCAAAUACUACAACAAAAGGCAUACAUAAAAAUGGAGCGCGCCAAGUCUAGACUAACUUCAGAAACAAUGUCCCAACAAAGAAUCCAUUCUAAGUAAAA